GUAACAAAAAAAAAAGGAAGUCCCGACGCUGCCCAAGUUACAAGUUCUAAACCUCCGUCAGACGGAACCCGCAAACCUGGCGGUCCCGGCGCUCACGCCGCUCCGCAGCCACGCACGGCGCCGUCCCGGCGCAGCAGAGCACGAAGGGCCACGGCCACGAAGCGCUCCAGAUUUGCGGCCACCGCCGCGAAGCCCGGCGCCGCCGGGUGCUAACAUGGCAGCAGGGCCGCCGGGCUGCGGGCGGAGCGAGGCGGAGCGCGGCCCGGCCAGCUCCCACGGCGCGGGCUGCGAGCGCGGCCCCCGCCCGGCGCUGGGAGCCUCCCCCCACCCAGGGAACGCAGACGAGAUCGGCACCUCGGCGUCGGCCUGCUCCUCGCCGCGCUGCGAGCCGCGCUUCCCACUCGGCUCCCUGAAAAAGCAGAGAGGGCUGUCCCAGGAUCCUCAGAAAACACAACUCUCUGGCUGCGCGCAGGAUGGGGCCUUGCACAGCUUCACCAUGGGAAGCAGGAGGCUGAGAUCAGACAGCUGCACGCACAGAAUAGGAAGAACAGUAUCCAGACCAAAACAGCUUUUAAAGAAGUGUAUUGGGAACAGUGCAAUUACAGCUCUGCUGUGCGGUGCUGGACGGCGCUCACCCCGGAGCAGUGACGGACUCAGGCUGCGGGGCCUCCUGGCACAGGGGCAGCACCACAGCUGUCUUCUGACAGAGCACAGCUCCGUGCUUGAUUUGGAGCCACGCUUUUAUACAACCUGGAAAUAUUUUUGUUACGAUUCAGCCCUGCUAUCACCCAAAGAUGAAUUCACAAUUUCAGUUUUCUCAUGUCAUUCUUGAUCAAGACACUUGUUUCUUUACA